AAAUGCAUACCAAUAUUUACACGUACAAGUUGUAUGUAAAACAAUAGCGCUGGUGGCGUCGCCUCAUCCACAGCACUAGCAGCCCCACAAUCGGAUAGCGGGAAGAUCUUGAGAGAGUCACAAAACUUCAUGUCUUUACCUCCGAAUAUCGCUCUCAGGGUCGGGACUUUCACAUCAAGAUGACGCGCUUCCGCCCCUGCAUAGACCUUCAUGCCGGCCAGGUGAAGCAGAUUGUGGGCGGCACCCUGGACAGCUCCUCCACGGCCCUCCAGACAAACCACGUGUCCCAGCAUCCGCCAGAGCACUUUGCCCAGCUUUACAGAGACAAUGAGCUUGAGGGCGCUCAUGUGAUUAUGCUGGGGGGAGGAAACGAUGUCGCUGCCAAAGAGGCAUUGAAGGCAUGGCCCGGUGGUCUGCAGGUGGGCGGCGGCAUUAAUGAUAAGAAUGCAAAGGAAUGGAUUGAUGCGGGAGCAGAAAAGAUUAUCAUCACAUCUUACCUCUUCCCAGAUGGCCACUUCAGCCAGGAGAGACUAGAUGCUGUCUUGGGAGCUCUUGGCGGAGAUAAGAGCAAGCUGGUAAUUGACCUCAGCUGCCGUCGCCAAGGAGACAAGUGGUUUGUUGCCAUGAACAAAUGGCAGACACUGACAGAUAUGGAAAUCAACCAAGAAUCAAUACAGUUAUUAGAGCCAUACUGCUCAGAAUUUUUAAUUCACGCUGCAGACAACGAAGGGCUGCAGAGAGGAAUCGACGAGCAGCUGGUUGAGCGCCUAGCAGGGUGGUGUUCUAUUCCGGUCACAUAUGCCGGCGGAGGUCGGCACUUGGAAGAUUUGGAAACUGUGAAGAGGCUUAGCCGGGGUCGAGUAGAUCUCACGAUAGGGAGUGCUUUGGAUUGUUUUGGUGGGUCUGGCGUCAAGUUUGAUGAUUGCGUGCAGUGGAAUAAGAGCCAGGGUGUCUGAUGGAUGGAUGGGAAGAAAACAUUUCUGUUUGUUGACAAAAACACAAGCAGCCCGACGCUAAUGGCUUUGGUGCGUUGACGGAGUUUCAAUAUCAAUCAAUAUAUUGCUAUGCAGUAUGCCGUGC